AUGGUCAACUUCUUCUGGUGGCGGUGCAAGUCGCCUGCAACAUCUGAUGUGGAUGUCGCAAAACCGCUUAAUCCAUUUGCUUUGAUCAAGAGCCAUCGCGAAUCUCAACCCCAAGCAGAUGUCCAAGACCUACCAAUACCAGGCGCAUUUCCACCUACACCCCCUAUAUCACCACAACUUGCGCCCAGCGAGCCCAUUGAAGAUGGCCUUUCAAUAUCAGACCACGAUUACCCAUACAUAGGCAUGGCCCAUACACAAGAGCUUCAUACUGAACUCGGAUCGCAUCUCCAUCCACGAAGACCAUCGAGGUUCACUUCAACAGCCAGUAAUGUCACCGAAUACUCUCAAUCAGUAUCAUCGCGACCUCUACAUACACCACCAGAAGAUGAAUUGAUUCUUACCACAAGUAUGCUGGGGUCGUCAAGUGUGCCGCCGUCCUUUACGGACGAGAUGGACAUUGACGACCCCUGGCAGCGACAUAAUGAAUAUAAUACUUACCCAUUCGGACGAUCGGUCUCAGCUGUGCGACUGUGCUAUCCAGUGCAGAGCCCGCUUCCGCGCAAUCGCGUUCCCUCCAUCUUUGCGCCUGAAUCAGAAUCGGACUAUAAGACUUUUUUGGAGGGUCCCGCUGUCCGUCCAAUGUCUCACGAAUGGUUGAAUAAGGUGGCUAGAGCCAUGCAAGCGCCUCAUGGUACGAUAGUCGCCAAAUCUCUCGUAGGAGAUGAUUUGUUCGCGAAGGACAUCGCAUCAUGUGUUAAGCAGCACGCUUGGUUGAACGACGAGAUAAUAAACGCCUACCUCACUCUACUUGUCAAUUAUCUUCGUCAAUCGACUGGAAACAUUGGCUCGAACCCUCGAUAUCACGCUUUUAAUACCUUCUUCUAUUCAAAUCUUCGUGAAAAAGGCUACCAAUCCGUUGGUCGGUGGGCGAAGCGAGCUAAGAUUGGCGGUGAAGCACUUUUGGAUACUGAAAUGGUCUUUGUUCCUGUUCACGAAGCGUCUCAUUGGACGUUGAUGGUACUACAACCAGUGAAACGUACCAUUGAAUAUUUCGAUUCCCUCGGAGGAAGUGGCCGAAGUCAAGUCUUAAACAUUGAACUCUGGCUGCGCGGCGAGCUCGGCGUCAAAUUCGACCCAGAAGAAUGGACCACCCUUCACUCCGUUUCAUCGCAACAGGAAAAUGGCUUCGACUGCGGCGUUUUUCUUCUUACAAAUGCCAAAGCAAUCAGUCUCAACAUUGAACCCACUGCUUUCAAGGCCGAUUCCACGCCACUACUGCGGAAAAAGAUCAUUGCGGAGAUCAUAAACGGCGGCCUCCACGGCGAUUUCAGUCCCGAUAUGGGGGGUACCCGUCUUCUCUAG